CGCUUCACCGGGAUCUCGCUGUUGAGCCCAGCGGCGGGGGCUGCCAGGCGCUGGGGUCCCGGGAUCCUGCGGGGCGGUUCAGGAAACAUCAGUACUCCCUGAAGACUGCUGUCAUUCAUCCCUGGUGAUGUCUCCAGUGUGACCUGAAGGAUUGAGGCUAUGUGAUGAAAUUGAAUCAGCUUCUAUAAAAAUGCAGCCUGUCUCUCCUCUCCUAAAGAAAAACAACUUUCUGGUUGCUGCCAUGCCAGGGGAAUAGGGCUCAGUGACAGGACAUUCCUGGAAAUAGUCGUGGUCAGAGUCAGCAGGGAGAAGCACACCAUUGCCCAUGACACCAUGACAGCAAGAGAACACAGCCCUCGUCAUGGCUCCAAGUCCCGUUCAGUACAACGGGCCUCAACUAUUGACGUUACCUCUGACAUGCUGGGACUGUCUCUGGCGGGAAAUAUCCAAGAUCCAGAUGAACCCAUAUUAGAAUUCAGCUUGGCUUGCAGUGAGCUGCAUACUCCAUCGCUAGAUCGAAAACCAAAUAGUUUUGUAGCUGUGAGUGUAACAACACCUCCUCAGGCAUUCUGGACAAAGCAUGCACAGACAGAGAUUAUAGAGGGAACUAACAAUCCUAUAUUUCUAAGCAGUAUCGCGUUCUUUCAAGACUCCCUUAUCAAUCAGAUGACACAAAUCAAACUAUCUGUUUAUGAUGUCAAAGACAGAUCUCAGGGAACAAUGUAUUUAUUGGGUUCUGGGACGUUCAUAGUCAAAGAUCUGCUCCAGGAGAAAUACCAUAGGUUGCAUUUAACACUAAGGUCUGCUGAAAAUGAUCGUGUAGGUAACAUUACUGUAAUAGGAUGGCAAAUGGAAGAAAAAUCAGACCAGCGGCCCCCUGUAACGAGGUCACCUGAUACAGUUAAUGGGAGGACUGUUCUGCCAGUAGAUGAAAGCUUGACAGAAUCAUUAGGAAUCCGAUCCAAAUAUGCUUCCUUGAGGAAAGAUUCAUUACUGAAAUCAGUAUUUGGUGGAGCCAUCUGUAGAAUGUAUCGUUUUCCUACAACUGAGGGGAAUCAUCUAAGGAUCUUGGAGCAGAUGGCUGAGAGUGUCCUCUCCCUACAUGUUCCUAGACAGUUUGUAAAACUACUUUUAGAAGAAGAUGCAGCAAGGGUUUGUGAGUUGGAAGAAUUGGGAGAGCUCUCUCCUUGCUGGGAAAGUCUCCGUCGACAAAUAGCUACUCAGUACCAAACGAUAAUACUAACAUAUCAGGAAAACCUAACUAACUUACAUCAGUACAAAGGUCCCUCAUUUAAGGCAAGCAGCUUGAAAGCUGAUAAAAGUGAUUGCCCAGGCCUUUCUUUUCCUUCAGACCAGAACUAUGAUAUCAUAACCAUAGGAGCAGCAGCGGCACAUUGCCAAGGCUUUAAGUCAGGGGGUCUUCGAAAGCGGCUGCACAAAUUUGAAGAGACCAAGAAACAUUAUGAGGAAUGUUGUACCUCACCCAGCUGCCAGUCAAUAAUAUAUGCACCACAGGAUAUCAUCAGAGCGAAGGAGAUUAUUGCCCAGAUCAACACCUUAAAAACCCAAGUCAGUUAUUAUGCUGAAAGGCUGUCAAGGGCAGCCAAGGAUAGAUCAGCUAAUGGUCUUGAAAGGACGCUUGCCAUCUUAGCAGAUAAGACAAGACAACUGAUUACUGUCUGUGACUGUAAAUUGUUGGCUAAUUCAAUACAUGGCCUAAAUGCUGCUAGACCUGAUUACAUUGCCUCCAAAGCAUCUCCCACCUCAACUGAGGAGGAGCAGGUAAUGCUAAGGAAUGAUCAAGACACUCUUGUGGCAAAGUAUACUGGAAGGAAUAGUCGCUCUCUCCAUGCAGAUUGGCAUGAGGCAGAAUGGGAAAAAGUUUGGCUGAAUGUCGACAAAAGCCUGGAGUGCAUCAUCCAGCGAGUCGACAAACUUCUCCAGAAAGAGCGAUUACACAGUGAGAGCUGUGAAGAUGUUUUCCAGUGUGAUGUCAGUGGGCCUAGUAAGAAAGGUAAUCGGGAUAAUCGAGCCUAUUGGAUAGUACCGGAAUCCUCCCAUGCAUCCUCAUCAUGCUCCUUCUCCAUGCCAUCUACUUCAUUCCAUUCUCAUAGGAACACAAAUAGCAGUCCCCCUCCUGAAGAAUCCAGUCCAGGUGAAUGGAGUGAGGCCCUUUACCCCUUGCUGACGACCCUCACAGAUUGCGUAGCCAUGAUGAGUGACAAGGCCAAGAAAGCGAUGGUCUUCCUGUUAAUGCAGGACAGCGCUCCAACAAUAGCUAUGUACCUGAAGCUCCAGUAUCGCAGGGAUGUUGUCUUCUGCCAAACUCUGACUGCGCUCAUUUGUGGGUUCAUACUCAAGCUAAGGAACUGCCUCCAUGAUGAUGGUUUCCUGCGUCAACUCUACACUAUUGGUUUAUUGGCCCAAUUUGAAAGCCUCCUCAGCACUUAUGGUGAGGAGUUAGCCAUGUUGGAAGACAUGAGUCUGGGAAUUAUGGACUUGAGGAAUGUAACUUUUAAAGUAACGCAGGCCACAUCAAAUUCAUCAACAGACAUGCUCCCUGUAAUUACAGGAAAUCGUGAUGGAUUUAAUGUGAGGAUUCCAUUGCCUGGCACUCUAUUCGAUGUGCUGCCCCGUGAGAUUCAGAGUGGUAUGCUUCUAAGAGUUCAACCUGUGCUUUUCAACGUGGGGAUUAAUGAGCAGCAAACCUUGGCUGAGAGGUUUGGAGACACAUCUUUGCAAGAAAUUAUUAAUGUGGAGAGUUUGGUGAGAUUAAAUUCUUACUUUGAGCAGUUUAAGGAAGUUUUACCUGAUGAUUGUCUACCUCGAUCUCGUAGUCAAACGUGCCUGCCUGAGCUGUUGCGGUUUCUGGGACAGAAUGUACAUGCCAGGAAGAAUAAGAAUGUUGACAUUCUCUGGCAAGCUGCUGAGGUGUGCCGAAGACUCAAUGGUGUCCGAUUUACCAGCUGCAAGAGUGCCAAGGACAGAACAGCUAUGUCAGUGACCCUGGAACAGUGUCUAAUCCUGCAGCAUGAACAUGGAAUGGCUCCCCAGGUCUUCACACAGGCUCUGGAUUGCAUGAGGAGUGAGGGUUGUCGGCGAGAAAAUACAAUGAAGAAUGUUGGAUGUCGCAAGUAUGCAUUUAAUUCCCUGCAGCUGAAGGCUUUCCCAAGGCAUUACAGGCCUCCAGAAGGAACUUAUGGAAAAGUUGAAACAUAAUUAUAAUGUGUCCUCUAAUUAGCUAUUACAGAAUACAUGUGGGUACACUCUAGUUGAAUUUUUCAUGAAGACCAGAAUUUUUUUUUUUUUAACAUUUCACCCUAGAUUCUAUUGAGCAUGUUAUCUUAUUGCAUUGGAAUCAGUAGGAAAGAAUGUUUUGGCGCAGUAGUUUAUGUAGUGGUGACUGCCCCUUUAAAUAGCCUUCAGUCCUGUGUGAGUUACACAAAAACCAUGAAAUUGUUCCUUGUAUUCAACAACUAGGUACAUCCAGGAUGCUAAAGGACUUUUUAUAAAUGGCCACUUAGGUAGCUGUUUCACAUAGCAACCUUUUCUAUUGAGUUGAUUUAAAGUUGAGUUUUUCAUAAUAUUGUACUUUUAAAAAUUAGAAACACAGUUAAUAAUAAAGUAAUUGGAACUGAGGCAACCCCAUACACAUUGACAGAAUCAGGCAAAGUCAGCUUAUAACUUCAGGAAAAUAAAUUAUCCCAUUAUGAGAGCUUUGUGAAGUUUCAAAGCCAUUGAAGAUUUUUCCAGGUAUUUUUUAUGUAAUUGUACCUUAUUGGAAGAUGACAGCUGCUUCCCGUAUCAUGUAACUGAAAUUCCCUAGUCCAUUUUAAUAGCUGUGUGUCUUGGCAAAUCAUUUUUGUAAUUAAUCUUGCAGAUGAAAGACCAAUAUUAAAAUAUAUUAGUUUUUCUUUUUUCCUCUCAUCCUUGUACUCCUUACUUUUAAGCAUCUUGUUAACAAGUUAGGAUUCUACCUUCUAAAGUAUACACAAAACUUCUCUUGGACUCAACUGAAAUCCCAUGCAUCCCCAGCCAAAAAAGAGGCAUUUUUACAUGACUGCCGAUCAAUAUUCUGAAGUACAUACUUAGAAUUUCAUGAAGCAAAUGUUAUCAAUAUUUGAAUGAAGGAAGUAUAAAUAUUUCUAAAGCUAACCUUCAAAGGUUAUUCUUUUAUCUCUUUAAUUUAUUCCUUUUUUAUUUUUUGAGGCAUAAGUAAGACUAUAUUUCAAUGUCUUUGAAAUGCCCAGUUAUCUAAUUCAUGGGAGUUUCUAAUUUAUUUUUCCCUUAUGCCUGUUAUGAGGUAACCAGCAGCUGUUGAGUCAGUUGGGUCUGUCUCCUUUCAAUCUUCAAAUGGAUUUUUGUUCUCUCAGAGCCUUGGGAAUUGCAAUGUUUAUUCUAUAAUCAUGGCGAAACAUUUUAGAACUUCUUAAAAAGCAUAAGACUUUAUUUUUUCUCCUCCGUAUUUCAAGGCAAGUUGAAAAUCGAAAGCUAAAGACCUGAUCAUUUAUUUUCUGUAAGGAAUAAUGAAUAUGAUACGCAUUUCAUGGAGUUGUGUUUUUUGGGGGGAAUGCUUGUGUGCGUGUGUUUCAUCGGUUCUGUUAAUCAUGGUUGUCUUAGAGAUGUUCUUUGGGUAAAUUGUUCUUAAAAUUAUAUUGAAACUUUUGGUCCAUUCUUACAUUACCCAAACUUGGUCUGUGUAAAUUAAAGGUUAUUAAAAUGUAGCCUUUUAAUAUAGCUAAAGAAUAAAAACCAUGAAAAGGUCAUUGAUGGAUAAUUACCCAUGUCUAAAAUUUUAGGAAUUAGGUUUACUUCUGUCUUUUUUUUUCCCUCCAAAAAUGGAGGAAUUUAAAAUAUAUGACUGUGUUUUAUAUGUACUGUAUGUUUAUUUAUAUGAAUAAAGGAAGUAGAAUUAUUCAAAUAUGUUUGUAUGUAUGCGUGUGACACAUAUACAUACAUGCAUAUCCAGAAUUGAAAGCUGGCAGAGUUGUUUGGCUCCUGCUGGCAAUGAAUAGUAUCAAGAUAGCUGCCAGUGUGGAAGAUGGGAGCCUUUGAAUAUGAUCUGUACUUCUUCUUAGGAGUGUUCUUUUCAGCAGUAGUGAAGGCAAAGGAAGAGAAUUUGUGUCUGUUCUGUGAUGCCAUGCCCGCAGCAAGGCAUACAAUUGUAGUGAAAUCAUCAUUGCCAGCUACUCUCUUCCCAUUUUCAUGUUUAACUACUUUCAAAAACAAAUGAAAUUACAGUAAAAGCUAAUUUACCUUUUGACUCUAUAGCACUCCAUGAUAUUUUUUUGAGUGGAUCACAUCCAUAUUGUUUAGUUUCAGCCUUUCCUCUGUUCUUAUUAUAUUCUCUUGUCUGUUUUUUAUUGUAUAUUUUAAUCAUAUAUUUACAAUGAAAAAAUAUUGUAUAUAUUAUUUUAAAACUUUUUUCGUGUCUGAAGAUGUUUAACAUUUGAGUCUCUCAUAGUGUUUUAUCACUCAAAUAAAUUACAAUCAUGACAGAUUUUGUACCUAACUCCCUUUUUGGAACAGUUCUCUUGAAUUCUUCAGGCAUACUCGGAAUUCACCAGUUGAAAUGGUGGGACCUCGGCCUCCAAAGCUUGGUCAUUGGAAAUAAUCAGGUUUCAUUGCUCUGUAUGAAGAACAUUCUUGUUCACUGUUUGUUUUUUUCACACAUAUCACAGCAUCACAUGCACGUUUACAAGUUUAGUUAGUGAUCAUACCGAAUAAUAAAAAUCAAGAAUUUAUCAUUUUAAAAAAUUAUUUUUAACUUUCUAGAGAAAACUUCCCAUGAAGUACUUUUGAGUUGCACAAAGAAGGUUGUUUUAUAGCAUCUUGUAAAAUGGGAGUCCUGUCUAAUGUUCUUUUCAAAUACACUUUUUUUUAAAUGUCAUGAAACUUUUGGAGGGAUAAAAUUGUUGCCAGGUAUGUUAUGUGUGUGUUCUGUGAAAGCACCCACAGCACAGUUGCCUUUUGUUUCAUUUAUAAAUGUAAAAAUAUUGUAUAAUAUAACAGUUUGUCCCUACACAAUUGUAUUUGCCAAGCUUUGUGCAUUGAAAUAUUUUUAUUUAUUUCUUUUGGGCAGUAUUAAUAUAUUAUAAUAAAUCUAUGGUUACUGUUUUAUAUAUUCUUAGAUUAUUCAAGCCAUGUAUGCUGUAAAUGUGCUAGUCUUUAGAAUGAAAAACAUUAAUAAAGAACUGACAGUACUAAA